UAGUUUUGUCUCACUCUCGAGUAAUAAAGAAUGCGAAGUGCUAAUAAAGAAAGACCAGAUUCGGAAAUUUCUUUAUGUUAUAUAUAGAUGUUUGUUAUCAAAAGGGAAAGAAUUACACCAUUCACUGAAAUAUCAGGAGAUUUACAUUUGGAAAGAAGGUCAAAAGGAGAAAGCUUCAAUGGAUAAGAGUAAUGGCCUACGAGUGAUUCUGUUUCCACUUCCAUUACAAGGAUGCAUCAACCCCAUGAUUCAGCUAGCGAAGAUCCUCCACUCAAGAGGUUUCUCCAUCACUGUGAUCCACACGCGCUUCAAUGCGCCAAAAGCUUCAAACCACCCUCUGUUCACCUUCUUACAGAUCCCAGAUGGCUUGUCUGAAACAGAGACAAGAACUCACGAUAUCACACUUCUCCUAACGCUUCUCAACCGAAGCUGUGAGUCUCCAUUUCGUGAAUGUUUGACUAAACUUUUGCAGUCUGCAGAUUCAGAAACAGGGGAAGAGAAACAGAGGAUUAGCUGUUUGAUCGAUGAUUCUGGAUGGAUAUUCACACAGCCCGUUGCUCAGAGUUUCAAUCUCCCGAGAUUGGUCCUUAACACCUACAAAGUCUCCUUCUUUCGGGACCAUUUUGUUCUUCCUCAACUCCGUCGUGAAAUGUAUCUUCCAUUACAAGAUUCAGAACAAGGUGAUGAUCCAGUUGAGGAGUUUCCACCCCUUCGAAAGAAAGAUCUUUUACAAAUUCUUGAUCAAGAAUCGGAGCAACUAGACUCGUACUCCAAUAUGAUUUUGGAAACAACAAAAGCGUCUUCAGGUCUUAUAUUUGUAUCCACAUGUGAAGAGUUGGACCAAGACUCACUGAGUCAAGCACGUGAAGAUUAUCAAGUCCCAAUCUUUACGAUAGGACCUUCUCAUAGCUACUUCCCAGGCUCAUCUAGUAGCUUGUUCACAGUGGACGAGACUUGCAUUCCAUGGUUAGACAAGCAAGAAGACAAAUCCGUGAUUUACGUGAGUUUUGGGAGCAUCUCGACCAUUGGCGAAGCAGAAUUCAUGGAGAUUGCUUGGGCUCUAAGAAACAGCGACCAACCGUUCUUGUGGGUCGUACGGGGUGGUUCGGUAGUCCAUGGUGCAGAAUGGAUCGAACAGCUUCAUGAGAAAGGAAAGAUAGUGAAUUGGGCCCCACAACAAGAGGUUCUAAAGCAUCAAGCCAUUGGAGGAUUCUUGACACACAAUGGUUGGAACUCGACGGUUGAGAGUGUUUUUGAAGGCGUCCCUAUGAUAUGUAUGCCUUUUGUAUGGGACCAAUUGCUUAAUGCAAGAUUUGUUAGUGAUGUAUGGAUGGUUGGGCUGCAUCUAGAGGGUCGGAUUGAGAGGAAUGUGAUUGAGGGAAUGAUAAGAAGAUUAUUUUCGGAAACUGAAGGAAAAGCGAUCCGAGAGAGGAUGGAAAUUCUUAAGGAGAAUGUAGGAAGAUCCGUUAAACCAAAAGGUUCGGCGUAUCGAUCGUUACAACAUUUGAUUGAUUAUAUAACAUAUUUCUAGUGUUUGUUUCUUUUUGUCCUCAUUUUUAAGUUGAUCAAUUGUUUGCGUGUAUUCACGAAAUUGUUCCUUUGUGUUUGGCAUCGUUGGAAUAAAAGUUGUUGUUUAUUUUCG